CCUGUUGAGUGACCGAAAAAAAAAAACAACACCACACGAAAAUCCUUCCUCGAUUAGUGCUACAUCUCGGCCAGGAUUUAUUGUUAAUGUCUAAUUAUAGUUUUUGUUCGCUUGGUCCAAUUUAUUUUCGUGAGUCGUAAACUCGUGUGGUGCUUUAGUGGUUGGUUGGUGGGCUUUGAAUCGUGAUCCAUGGGCAAAACGCAUCAAAUUGUGCUCAACUUGCGGAGGGAUUCCCCCACUGAGCAAUGGGGAUUCAGUCUAGUGGGUGGUGCCGACGUCAAGAUGCCGCUGAUUGUCACCAGGGUGGGAUUUGGCUCACCCUCUGACGGGGUCCUGCAACGUGGUGACAUCAUCACCAAAGUGGGCAACUACGAUGCCCGAGACAUUCGUCACCAAGAUGCCCAGACUUUAUUUAAAAACGCUGGCAACAAUAUUCGAGUGGUAGUGCAAAGAGAAAACAAUCCUCGACACAAUACUAGCACAGGAUCAUCAAGGACCAGCUCCCACAAUUACAGUCCUUUGUCCGUUUCACCGCAUCUUUCUCCCAAGGGAAAUUACUCGACGCCUUCGCCAUACAGUCCAGCAGGAUCAGCACUGACUCCAUACUACUCCUCGCCGUUGACGCCGAUCGACGAUAAUUAUUUUGAACCGGUUUACUAUGGAAACAGCAGGAAGAACACCGCCAACGGACAGGACAUCCACGUCACCAACCAGCCUUACCGUACCACCCCUCUGGUACUCCCCGGAGCCAAAGUGAAGCGUGAACCCGGCCCAACGGAGAGUUAUUUACGCCACCACCCCAACCCCGCCGUAAGGGCGCCCCCACACCACCUUGAUCCCGAACUUUUAAUCAAACAAAAGGUUACCAACACAGUUUUGGAAAGAUUAGCUACCAACGAUCCGAAUAAACAGAUUGUCCACAAGCAAUUCAACUCCCCGAUCAAUUUAUACAGCGAGCCAAACAUUGCUGACACCAUUCAAAAACAAACUGGCAUAAAUCCAAUUCGCAAACAAGUCAAGUUCAAUCCGGCCGAAAGUGAAACCUACAAAGCCCUCCAAGAGGAGCAGUUGGGCGAAACGGUUCAAGAAGUGAAUGUUCCACCCCAAAGCCGCAUCUAUGCUCCCAACAAGACAAUCCCGGCCAAGAAAUCGUCCCAUCACGUUGUCAACCAGAACCCAUCCUUCAGCAACUCCCUCGGCGAGCCUGAAGUGAUUCAACAGAGCGGAUCGUUCAAAAGGCUGAUGUGGAGCGUCCUUCCUGAAAGCAGCUACUAAUCGCUGAAAAAAAUUCAUCCCCGAACUGAAACGACGAAUAUUUUAGAAAUGUUCGAAUUUAGUUUUAGGAAAAUAUCUAUCAAAUUUGAUCGUGCAAAUACGUAGAGCCCUUUUAACAUCCGAUUAAUUUGACAGGUGUUACCCGAAUGAAAUACUUUUUCUUAUUUUGAGCUUAGCUUAAGAUGUAUGUUGCUUAAAAGUCGACGUCUUGCGAUUUGUGUUGAGUCAAGUUGCAACGAUCCACGACGAAAUUUUUUUUCGUUGUAUUAUAUUUUUCAAUUUUAUUAAACGAGUGAAUCUAGUCAGAUAUGUAGGUAGGUUAGAACUCUUAACGUUCACUAAGUCGUAAUUAUAGAAGGAUUGUUAUUUUUGUGCCAUAAUUUAUAUAUCAAAUAAACAUAUUUCUGUAAAG